CUCCCCUCUUCCCACGCGGGUCUCGCAUUAGGCUCAAGUUACUCACUACCCUUGAGCUUGUGGGCUAGAGGUCGCAGCCACCCAAGGAGUCAUGUCUCCUCCCACUUUGAAUGGUCGCCGAACAAAUUCCCUGGCAUUUGCCAAAACGGAUUGCCAUACGUGCAUUGCUACGCAGAUUCAAUGUGAUAGGCAGCGGCCAAGAUGUUCGGCCUGUUCUGCAAAAAAAAUCGUCUGCGGCGGUUACCCUAUGCAGCUGACAUGGUCCAAGAGCAAACCACAGCAUUCUGGCGCCGUGUUGCCCUCAGAGUACACAGAUGAUCCAUUCUAUAUCGAGCCUUUGUCACGUCAAGCCUCUGUCCAUUUGAUGGGUAACGUCAGUCUGAUUCAAUCUCGCAAACGCCAGAAGUAUACAUUUGUCGCUGAGCACACCCCUGACCAAAAGCAAAUUUCAACGGAGUGUAAUGGAGCUUGUUCGGAGCAGAGCGGUGCCCACGUCGUGGAAGCAAAGUCACCUUCACCUGCGUUUAUUCAACAGAGUAAUGAUAUCGCAGCUGCCACGAUAAUUCAUCCAUAUAUGCUGGGUUGCCCUCCACUUGAAAUUCUUGAUAAUGGAGUUGAGCCUGCUAGCUCCGCCCUCGAACACGAAUAUAGACAUAAUUCCGAGCCGUGUCCAAAUAUCUUUCAUAUCAGUAUUUACUCUGACCCCACCGCUCCAUGGAAAUGGUCUUCUCUCGAGCCUAUAGCUAUCGACAGUGCUGGAGGACUCGGCAAUUCGGAUAAGGAGUACAGCCUAGUCGAACCCUCGACUAUCAUCGAAGAUGAUGCAGCCAGGAACCAGAGAACCCCUGCUUCGAGACCUGAAGAUUCGUGGCAAAUCGUAACACCUUUGAGAGCACCUGUCCUGCAUGAGAGCUUGUUUGACAAGUUCGCAGCUUUGCUUAAUAUGUAUGACCAAGAUUUCUGUGUCAUGCCACUUAGCGGAGAUGUUGCUAGCAAUCCUUUUAGAUGUAGAUCAGAAACUUUCCGUGGAUCGCGUCCCUUGUUACAUGCCGUUAUAGCCGUGUCUUCAUACCAUGCGGGCAGAAUAUCGACUACAGGCGACUACCCACCAUUCUUCGAUCAUCAAAACACAGCUGUCAGGUUGUAUCGCGAUGCAUUAGACACCUGCAUAGAAUCUACAUCAGGAUUACAGCUUCUUGAUACGGCAAUGGUAAUAUUUCUACUCAAUGCAACACACGCUGCCUUUAACAAUUGGGCUACUCAGAUUUCUGAUGCUUGGAAGCUUCUCCGGCUGUCUGGAGGGCCAGAGAGCUGGGUUGAUAACCGAAGAAUUCAAGCGCAGGUGGUCAUGAUUUUAUGGUGGGAUGCAACAAUAGCCCUGGUCUCAAGACAAGGGCCUAUACUCCCAUAUUCAUAUUUUCAAGCUCUCCUAACUCUGGAAGACGAUAAUCAUUGGAGUUUUUUUAGUCUCAUUGGGUGCCCUAGACAACUUGUUGUUCCCCUGAUGCAGUUGGCACGUCUUGCCGAGGAAAAUGAGAAGGCUGCAUCAAUGCACUGUGCACGAUUUGACCCAACACUUGUCGACGAGAUUCAGGCUUCCAUAAUCAACUGGGAAAAUCCCAGCUUCGAGUUCGAAGACGAUUUACCGGAAGAAAAAAUACAGCAGCAACGAGACGAAUGGAACUGCGUUGAGGCUUGGAGAUAUGGCCUCUUGAUCUACAUCAUAAGGGUGUUUCAAUGGGAUCGAACCAGGAGUCCGCCUUCAAGACUCAUCGGGUAUGCAAGACAUGUCUUUGAACAUGUUUAUUCUUGUCGGAAAACUGCCGUAGUGCAAAAACAGUUGCUCCUUCCACUCUUUUUCGGUGGCUGUGAAACCAAGGACCAGUAUUUUCGAAGGAGUAUUCGCGAUUAUUGCCGGUAUUGGGACAAAGCCAGUGGUUAUAACCUCUUUAGGACCGCGUCUUCCUUGCUUGAGGAUAUAUGGCAAGAGCUAGACAGAUCUCCUUAUGACGACGUUUGGUGGGGCUCUGUCGUCGACAAGAAACAAGACCUCUACCAGUUUCCGUUGUAUCCGAUGCAAUUUUGCUUUGGAUAAUCAUUUUAUUUCUCCAGGCACAACUCUUAUAAAACUCCUUUCCAUUCAGCAGUGUGUAAUAAUGACAGAGCACAUAAAUUCACGUUCCCAAGCGCCCGUUUGGUCCUGUCCCAAUCUGGCUUCCCAACAAGGCUUCCAGUUAUGAAAACAG